GCGGAGCGUUGGAGCCGCCGGCCUCUGCAGUUACAGCGGAGCAGCUGGAGCAGGCCUCGCCGGCUGGGGAGGAGGUGGACAGGGGGAAGAGCAGAAGGAGGAUCCGGGAGGCAGCGACAACCAGAAGGGUCAGGCCUGGGACUGGCGGAACGGGGAAGAGGAAGAAGAGGAAGAAGAGGCGACAGUUUAUUUUUAAGUUUUUUUUUCCUUUGAAUUUUUCUUUCAUUUCUUUUGCUUUUGAAAUAGACACCAUAAUCUCAAUGAUGCCGUCCAGCGCCAGUGCUGCCGCUUUCAAGCCCGCGGACUUGGACUAUCAUGAGGCGGCAGCGAGUAAAAUGAGUGAAGACAGAUGUGACCAGGACCUUGCGAUGGAAGAGAGGGCCCUGAGCAGCGUCCCCCUGCGUCGAGUGGGCCGUCCCGGGCGAAAGCGCAAGCUGCUGGCAGUGGCCAGCUGUAACGAAGCCAAGGACACUGUGCUGGGGCCCAAAAGUCACCCCUCUGCAGAGCAGGUCCACAACGGGGAGCUGGUUGGCCACCAGGGCGGCGCCUCAUCCAAGCAAGACAGGAGCGCCCCCGAGAACAGCACCGACCGCCCCGAGGGCCUUCCGGAUCCGAGCUCCUCCAGGAGGGGCCGCCCAGACUCCUCCGUGGAGAACGGACUGCUGGGCCUCAUGGACGGGCACGAGAAGGGUGCGGAGCGGGACAGGGAGCAGGCCCCUCCCACACCUCGCAAGAGGCGCGGCAGGCGGAAACUGGAGCACCCAGAGAAACAUGUGGAAGUGAGGGAAGAGGUCAGCAGUGGUGCAGGCCAGAUGGAGCGGGGAGAUCGGGCGAAGCUUCGAGGGGCGCUGGGCUGGGAAAUCAGCCUUCGCCAGAAUCCUAUGCAGAGAAUUGCCUUCCAGGCCGGCGACCCUUAUUACAUUAGCAAGAGGAAGAGAGAUGAGUGGCUGGCCAAGUGGAAGUUGGAGGCAGAGAAGAAGGCCCAGCGCAUUGCUGUGAUGAACAUGAUGGAGGAGUGCGUUGGCUCACAGUUUCUGAGGGAAGAAGAGAAGACCCCAGUGGAGAGCAGCCCCCCUCCCCCUUCCCCUCCCCCUCCCACUCCCCCGCAGCAACAGCCCACAGACCCUGCUUCCCCCACUGUGGCAACCACCCCGGAACCUGUCCCUGUCGGGAGUGGGGACAAGAGCACACCCAAAACCAUCGACACAGAGCCGGAAUACGAGGAUGGGCGUGGCUUCGGGAUUGGCGAUCUGGUCUGGGGGAAGCUGCGCGGCUUCUCCUGGUGGCCCGGCUACAUCGUGUCCUGGCUGGCAACAGGCCGAAGUCGGGCUGCAGAGGGAACCAGAUGGGUCAAGUGGUUCGGUGACGGGAAAUUCUCUGUGGUUUGCUUGGAGAAGCUGUUGCCAUUAAGCUCCUUUUCAAAUGCGUUUCACCAGCCCACCUACAGCAAGCAACCCAUGUACAAGAAAGCGAUCUAUGAAGUCCUGCAGGUGGCCAGUUCUCGAGCUGGCAAGAUCUUCCCUGCCUGCCCAGACAGUGACGAAGGUGAUACAUCCAAGUCUGUGGACCUGCAGAACAAGCAGAUGAUUGACUGGGCCAUGUCUGGCUUCCUACCCACAGGGCCCAAGGGCCUGGAACCUCCCCAAGAAGAACGCAACACAGAAGUUUACCAUGAAAUGUGGGUGGAGCCUGAGGCAGCCUCUUACACCCCGCCCCCUCCAGCCAAAAAGCCCCGUAAGAGCACAACGGAGAAACCCAAGAUCAAGGAAAUUGUCGACGAGGGGACUCGAGAGAGACUUGUGUAUGAAGUGCGGCAAAAAUGCAGGAACAUUGAAGACAUUUGCAUCUCUUGUGGAAGCCUGAGCGUGUCCCUGGAACACCCACUCUUCAUCGGCGGCAUGUGCCAAAGCUGCAAGAACUGUUUCCUGGAAUGUGCGUACCAGUACGAUGACGACGGCUACCAGUCCUACUGCACGAUCUGCUGUGGCGGCCGUGAGGUGCUCAUGUGCGGAAACAACAACUGCUGCCGGUGUUUCUGUGUGGAAUGUGUGGACCUUCUGGUGGGGCCGGGCGCGGCCCAGGCAGCCAUCAAAGAGGACCCAUGGAACUGCUACAUGUGUGGCCACAAGAACGUCUACGGGCUGCUGAGGAGGCGUGACGACUGGCCCUGCCGCCUGCAGCACUUCUUCGCUAACAACCAUGACCAGGACUUUGAACCACCAAAGCUUUACCCACCAGUUGCCGCUGAAAAGAGACGACCUAUUCGCGUCCUCUCACUGUUUGACGGAAUAGCAACUGGACUUCUGGUGCUAAAGGAGCUGGGGAUUCAGGUGGAGAGCUACAUCGCCUCUGAGGUGUGUGAGGACUCCAUCACUGUGGGCAUCGUGCGGCACCACGGCCGCAUCAUGUACGUGGGGGACGUGCGCAACGUCACCCGAAAGAACAUUCAGGAAUGGGGCCCCUUUGACUUGGUCAUUGGUGGAAGCCCAUGUAAUGACCUCUCCAUCGUCAAUCCUGCAAGGAAGGGGCUCUACGAGGGCACAGGACGUUUGUUCUUCGAGUUCUACCGGCUGCUCCAUGAGGCCCGUCCGAAACCGGGCAACGACCGGCCCUUCUUUUGGCUUUUUGAGAAUGUAGUUGCCAUGGGCGUCAGCGAUAAGAGGGACAUCUCUCGCUUUCUGGAGUGUAACCCUGUGAUGAUCGAUGCUAAGGAUGUGUCAGCAGCUCACCGCGCCCGCUACUUCUGGGGUAACCUUCCUGGCAUGAACAGGCCGCUGACAGCCAUGACGAAUGACAAGCUGGACCUGCAAGACUGCCUGGAGCAUGGGAGGACAGCCAAGUUCGGCAAAGUGAGAACCAUCACCACUCGGUCUAAUUCUAUCAAGCAGGGCAAAGACCAGCAUUACCCUGUCUACAUGAACGAGAAGGAGGACAUUCUGUGGUGCUCUGAGAUGGAGAGGGUGUUCGGCUUCCCUGUCCACUACACAGACGUGUCCAACAUGAGCCGACUGUCCCGGCAGCGACUCCUGGGGCGGUCCUGGAGCGUGCCGGUCAUCCGCCACCUGUUUGCACCGCUGAAAGAGUACUUCGCCUGCGAGUAGACCGAGCCGCAGCACCCCACCCAGCAACACAGCAACAUACACAAAAACUGAUAUUUAACAAACAACGAGAAAAGCAAAUUUACCAAUCUCGAUUAUUCAAAUUCAUUUAAAGUUAGAUGUUUUACGUUAUUUCUCGAAAUUUAAAUGUCAUUCUUUUAUUCUAUUUAAUUUUUUUUAUGUCAUUUUAAUUUUUAGCAAUGUUAUCCAGUAAUUUUUUUAUAUUGAUCUAUGUGAGCAAGCUGUGUUUGAGGCUUUCUUUUAACAGCACUGGGAAAAGGUACAUUUGGAACAACGGAAAACUAAUGAUCUUUCUUAAGAUGCGUAUAUAUACUGCAUGGUAUAUUGAGCAUAUAUAUAUGUGUGUGUGUUAACUGGGCAGUCAUUACAGCAUGAUGGUGGCGGAUCAGACCACAGGUCCGGCAUGGGGUUGGGGGGGGGGGGGGGGGGUUCCUUCGGCAACACUCACACUUCAAGCUACUGAGCCGUCACUGAGAGAGUUACAAGCCUACAGCAGGGGCGUGGUCCCCUCUCCAUCUGUAGGGGACCUUCGGACUGAGAUGCGAGCAGCCCGGCCCACUUAGUGCUUGUUUACAGCUCAUCAACAGAAACAAGGUACUACUGCACAGCGGUCACUAAGUUAUGGUGCUUCAGGUGAUGAAAUACAUCUCUCUCGUGUGGCCUUAUGAUUCAGGCAGACAGGGAUACAGGCAUUAAGUAGCCAGGGAUCUUUUGGCUUUCUUGGUCUUUUGUAUUUCUUUUUGUCGUUUUUAUUUUUACGGCGUGACUUCCACAAAUAAAAAAAAAAAAAGGCAAUGCAAUACUUACAGUGGCUGAGAGAGGCCCCCGGCCCCCGGCCCCCGGUCCCCGUCGUGGUGGGGGGAGGUGGGCGGUGGACGGAAGGCUGUACGGCGGCCGACAGGAGGCUGACAAAGCCGUGAUUUUUUACCUACCACAGCUUUUGUACACAAACUUACUGGUGCUCCUUACUGGUGCUCCUUACUGGUGCUCCUUACUGGUGCUCUCUCCAAACCCUUUGGCCUUGUUCUUCUCAGGCCUCAUUGCCUGUGGCAGCACAAAACCGGGAAAAAAAAAUAAAUAAAUCUAAGCCAGCCAAGUGAGCGGUGAUGUUUUUUGUCAUCCAAAACGUUUGAGAUCACAGACUGUGGUAAACUACUUUUUUAGUUACACCCAGGACAUUGUCAUUUUACUGUACAACUGUGUGAGGGCCAGGGGCCACAGGCGGGCACGUUACAGCUGGCUCCCCAGAAGCCCUUGUGGCCCCGCGCCCACGCAAUCUAUUCAGUCAGGUGCAAAUCUGUAACGAUAUGGUGCAGCUCCCCCCACAUUGCCCUUCUGCCUUUUUAUACCCGUUAAAACUCAUUCUCCGAUGUCGCUUUUUUCCUUCGUUAUCCGUUACCAUAUUAUCGUCCUCUCUUUCUUUUUCAGUGUGUGCUCGUCUCUCGUUUUUGCUUUAUGAUGUGAACUGUACGAAUUGCAGUACUUGACCAUUCUAGGGCUGUGCCAACAGGUGUGAAAGACUGGGGGUGUAUUCUGAACGAUGGAGAUUUUUUUUUCAGUUUAUCCAUCUGCCUGAAAGGAGCGAUACACGUGAGCUCCCGCCUCUGCAUUUCCCUCCGUUUUACUAUGGGAGGUGGGGUGAGAACGUCACCGUGUUAUGCUUUCGUGGGGCGCGGCCUGCAGGUUGAUAUGUGAACUGCACACCUCUGUGAAAUCAGGUGGGAUUGUGCUCCCCCCCUGACUCCGCAUCUCUUGCAUACCGGCGAGAUGGUUCACUGUCCACUGGCCGAUCCUGCUCCCAGGGCGGUUAGCUAAGGUGCUUCUCUGACUUCAGCAAAGAAAAGGGGAAAAGGUGCAUUAACUUUAGUCACAUUUUUCUUUGAAUCUAACUUAACAGGAAACUACUUAUAUUUUACCAAGCAAAUGUGAUUAGCCCAGCCACACGUCAAUGGAUGAUACUGUAAUAGCCACCAUUGCACUGGAUGCAUGUCACUCCUUCAGUUUUGAUAAUACCCAGACGAUCCCUUCUCCUGAAAUAGAAUUAAUGACAAUGCCUGCGUUUUACUGUACAUACUUUGCCUGGUGCUUAUUUUGUUUUUGGUCCAUGUCUUUUUAAAUUGCCUAUGGGAUGUACAAAUAUGAUUCUUUGCUAAUAUAUAUCAUGAAAUUAGUAACGCUUCGAUGAGAGGGACGAGAGAGAGCUGGUGAAUCUGUGUGAAAAUAAGCUACAAUGCAGCUGGCUUCCGAGGGUCUCCAAGCGCGACUACGGCGCGUGUUCAGCGACCCGACGAUGCGCCUAUUAGCGUCGCGACAGCUUUAAGAAGGAAAAGGCGCAGCUCUGACGCGCAGCCCUACACGCGCUAUUCACUUAUUGGUUAUUUUUGUUUGUUUUUUUGUUUUUUGUUUUUUUUAUUUUUUUUUUGUUUGUUUUUUUGUUUUUUUGCAUUUUCUUUUAUAAAAAACAAAACAUAAAAAGAGGGACUGUAGGUGUUUCAUAAGGUGCUACACAAUUUUAUCUAAAAAAGAAAAAUAUAUUGUUAGGAAAAAAAAUCAACUUGUCUUGACAAUGACUGUUUUUAAGUUCUCGUAGUAAUGAAAAAGCACUAUUAUUUUACUCUUAUACAAAUAUAUUAACAAAGGCAUUUUAACUUUGUACUUGAAAAAAAUAAAAUAAAAAAAUGAAAAUGGACAGAUUCAUGUGUUUUAGCCUAGACAUUGCUGUAGUUGGUGCUUAUCUGUGGGAAAUCAUGUAUUCAUAUUGGAGAUUAGAGAGACCUUUGGUAAUAACCUUUACUGUUACAUAUUGUAUUUGCUCAUUGCCUGGCGGCAGCGCUCCUGUGCUCUCCAUUCCAUACAGCCAGACCCUCCGUACUUUAUAAUGUUUGUUUUACUUUCAUCGGACUGUAAUUUCUACUGUCGCUUUGAUAUUUAUUGACAACAAUAAUGUACAUUUCACAGACUUACAGGUCAACUCUCUGUAUAUCUCUCAGUGAUACUAUUGUACUCCUGUGUAACUAUUUUUCGUGACAUAGCUGUUGAUGGAUUAUAAUAUAAAGGUCAGUGCGUGCCUCCAUGUAGCGGUCACACUCGCUCCACCUUCGUCCAGUUUUUUCAGUGCCCAGAAAGAAGAAAAAGACCCCUUUCUUAUGUACUUGUGCUGGAGAACACUUGAAUAAAUGUACUGUUUUUGUGCAAAAAAAAAAAUCGCCUGUGU